GCCCCGUUCCCGUUCCCAUGCCCGAGAUGCCCGCAACCAUGACAAUACGUGGACGACUGAUAGCCUCAGACACAGAACAACACUGUAAAGAAGCUACACUAGCAGUAUUAAGGCAUCUGUAUGAAACCGGGCAUAAGGCAUCAAAACAGAAAUUACAAUACUGCCGGACUGAAGUAGUGUAUCUAGGACAUAGACUCUCCCAGUAUGGUAGUUCACUGCUAGAAUCCAGAAAAAAGGCAAUACAGGAAGCACCCAAACCACACACGAAGCAACAGAUGAUGUCCUUUUUAGGACUCUGCAACUACUGCAGGGCAUGGCUCCCAGAUUAUGCAGCCUUGGUCCAACCCUUACAAUCCCUAAUAUACGGGAAAGACAUGGCCCUAAGGGACAAAAUUGAGUGGACCAGAGAAGGGGAAGCAGCAUUCACAAACCUUAAACUAAUGCUGCAACUAACACCACAUUGGCUCUGCCAGACUACAAACGGCCCUUCACCCUAUGUGUUGACGUGAGUCAAGGCUACAUGAAAGCCGUAUUGACACAGCCUUUCGGGUCUAAAGACAGACCAUUGGCAUUUUACUCCAAACACUUAGAUGCGGUUGCAGCAGGUUUCCCCCAAUGCCUACAGGCCUGUGCAGCAGCAGCCGAAGCUGUAAAAAUGUCAGCAGAAUUAGUGUUAUGCCACCCACUCACUUUGAAAGUUCCACACUCAGUUUCAUUGAUACUGUUACAGACACCACUCCCCUUCCUGACACAUGCUAGACACCUCACUCUAGUUUCACUUUUACUUUCACAACCAAAUAUCACAUUGCAGAGAUGUGGCCCUUUGAACCCGAGUACCCUCCUCCCAUCAGCUAUGGAUGGGGAAUCACACUCAUGCAAAGCCACAGUAGAGGAACAAACAAAACCAAGACAUGAUAUUUCUCAAACGCCACUAUCCAACUCGGUAACUGUAUUUGUUGAUGGUUCGGCGUCAAAAGACAGUACAGGGAGAAAUAAGGUCGGCUAUGCUGUAAUUUUGACUGAUAAAGUACUUGAAGCUAAUGCACUUCCCCCGACAUGUUCAGCCCAAGCGGCAGAAUUGUAUGCUGUCAUCAGAGCAUGUGAAUUGUACAAAGACAGAUCAUUGACGAUAUACACUGACAGCCAAUAUGUGUUCGGAGCGGUUCACCAUCACUCCAAAGUAUGGAAGAACAGGGGAUUUAAAACAUCGCAGGGCACCUCCCUAGCACACACAAACCUGUUAUUACGAUUAUUUGAUGCCGUACAGCUACCAUCUGCUCUUGCACUAUGUAAAUGUAGAGCCCACCAAACUGACACCACCUUCACUACAGUAGGAAAUAGUUUCGCAGAUGCAACAGCAAAGGCAGCAGCACAGAAACAACCUACAUUGAAAAUGACGGAUCUCCUACUGAUUGACGCAGAUAUACUAUGUGAUUCUCAAAAACAUGCGCCGCUCUCAGAAGUAAAAGCCUGGCUCAAUAGAGGAGCAAUCCAGAUUAAUGAUAUCUACCACAUCGACGAUAAGCCCGCACUUCCAAAACAUUUAUACAAAACAGCGGCAUUGGUGAGCCACGGGAAUACCCAUGUCUCAACAGGAGGGAUGGUACAUAUAAUACAUCAACAUUUCUAUACUAUAAAUUUUUCUGAUUAUGCAAAACACUUUUGUAGAUCAUGCCUCAUCUGUUGUAACCAUAAUUCCCAGGGCAGACCAAAGAGAGGGCAGUUUCCGGUAGCUUUAUAGAGCUGUCAUGGUCACAGGGAAAAAAGUACUGUUUGGUAAUAAUUGAUACAUUCUCGAAGUGGGUCGAAAUAUACCCAGUAAAACACUGUGAUGCGAUAAUGGUGGCAAAAUGUUAUUUCCCUACAUAUGGCAUUCCCCAAACCAUCAGAUCGGAUAACGGUACCCAUUUUGUAAAUCAAACAAUGGACCUGUGCUCACAAGCGCUAGGAUUUAAACUAAAGAAUCAUUGCGCAUACCAUCCUCAGAGUGCAGGAUUAGUGGAAAGAACCAACGGUACCAUAAAAACUAGGCUAAGAAAAACAGUGGAAGAGACAGGGAGGCCAUGGCCAGAAUGCUUAUCUCUGGUAAAAUUGUGGAUGAGAAUCACGCCAACCCCAGCAGGUCUUACGCCAUCCGAAAUAGUGCAUGGUAGGCCUUUUCCCCUAGCUACAGAGAUGAGUGACAUAACAAAGGUGCACAGGGAAACAACACUUGCAGAUUGGAUGAGCAAACUACUGCGCACUCAAGAAUUACAAAGACCCAGUAGUCUGCCAGUAAAUUCUGCUUCUGUAUUACAGGACAACCUCAAACCAGGAGAUUGGGUUCUCGUCAAGGUCCUCCUUCGGAAGGACUGGAGCUCUCCCAGGUGGGACGGGCCGUAUCAAGUGCUCCUCACGACCCCGACAGCCGUGAAGAUAGCGGAGCGGCCAUCGUGGAUUCACAGGAGUCACUGCAAGCUCAUUAAACCCCUACAGGAGCCAGUACAACCGACGGAGUAGCAGUGGAAGUCCGCUACAAAGGCGCGGUAACCAAUAGGGUGCCGACGUCUCAACCCGGUGAA